UGCAAAGAUGGAAAACACAACAUAUUAUUAUGAAGAUGAAACCGCAGGAAUGUAUGCACCAUGCGACAAGAACGAAGCCAACAACCUGGGAGCCCAACUCUCCAUCCUCUUCUACUUCAUGUUCGUUUUCAGCCUACUCGGCAAUGGGCUAGUCCUGGCUAUCAUUUAUAAGUUUGAGAGGCUGACCACAGUGACCAACAUCUUGCUGCUGAACCUGGUGGUGUCCUCGCUGAUCUUCAUGAGCAGCCUUCCCUUUUGGGGCAUUUAUAUGCAGAUGUCACGUUGGAUUUUCGGCAAUGCUAUGUGCAAGAUUGUCGGAAGCACUUACUAUAUGGGCUUUUACAGUUCGGUUUUGUUUUUGACUCUGCUGACAUUUGAUCGACACCUUGCUGUGGUGUAUUCGCUGCCUGCAGCACAUCUGAGGAAUCAGAAAUAUGCUGUCAUUUCUUGUGCAGUGGUGUGGCUCUUGAGUGGUUUGUCAUGUAUUCGGCCGAUGCUUAUUCGUGGAGCUUUUAAAUACAUAGAUAAUAAGACCUACUGUGAAGAGACUAACAGUGUCAAUAUUGAUUUGGAAAAGCUGAUGAAUUCUGGAUUUUAUAUUCAGCUUAUCAUUUUCUUAAUCCUCCCUCUGGCUGUUAUUAUCUAUUGUUACAUUAGGAUUACUAUCACAGUCGUUUCAUCCAAAAUAGGGACCAAAUUCCAAACAGUCAGGCUGAUUUUCAUUAUAGUACUCCUGUUUUUUAUCUGCUGGACCCCUUUUAACAUUGUGGAACUCAUGGAAUAUAAGACCAAAGACUGUGAGACAUUAAAGAAACUUUCUUACACUCUUCAAAUCACUCGUUUAAUGGCGUACUUUUACUUUUGCAUCAGUCCGAUAUUUUAUACAUUCGUAGGGAGAAAAUUCCAGAACUACUUUCGACAGCUGCUGAUAAAAUACUUCCCAAGUUUGAAGAAGUACAUUUCUGUUAAUGAAAUCAGCCGAACAAACAUUUCUACAAAGAUAACUUCGAACGAGCUGAUUAAUGGCGGCCAGAACAGUUUAUUAACAAGUCAGUCAGAAUAUGUGUGAAAAAAAACAUCAAUUAGAUGGAAAUCCAAAGAAAUAUCAUGAGAAAGUCUAUUAAUGAAGGGAAAUAAAUGCUUAAUGAUUACUAAUUACCAGAGCCAAAACUUCUUUAGAUUUUAAUAAAUUAAAUUGUUAAACUUCAAAUUCUAAUUAGAAAAAAUAAUCAGUGUACAGGUGUUAAAAUCCAGAGAUUCAGUUUUUUUUGCUGAAGUAACACAAGCAUAACACUGGCGAACAUUGCCAUAAAAUAAUACUUUCAUCAGAUUUACUCUUAUUUAUUUUGUAUCUCUACCUUGCAACCAAUACAAUAUGACCAGAAGCUAAUGAGUCAAUGUGAAUUGAAUUAGCAUUUUCACGUUUCAGUAUAUUUCAUAUAUGAUGUUAUCCAGUAUGUUAUUAUAUGAUACAAUGAAUGAUUUAUUAAAAAAAAAAUUUGAACAAAAAAAAUAAAAGCACAAGAGAAAUAAAUUAACAGAUAUAAGUUUAAAAAGGAGCAGGAAGAAGUAUUCACUUAUUUACUUCUACUCAGUUGUGUAAUAUAGUUUAUUAAUUUUAAUGUAUAAUAUUCUUCAAUAAACCAUCAUUA